CAGUCGCCGAGUGCAUCAUGGCUGUGAAUGGCAGCAGGUCAAAGGUGUGAGAUUUCCCCAAAGCCACCAUCGUGGUUUCAGUCUCUGACAGACGCUGGCAGCGAGUUGAGUUCAGGUGGUUCUCAUGAUGGACCCCAAACACAGCUGGUUUGGAGGUCUGAUCCUUGGUUUGAUGCUCAUCUUCUUCACUCCCAUCUCUCCUAAUCAAGUCAGCUGCAGGUCCUCGAACAUUUCUGCAGAAUUUCGUCACUGUGGCAUUCAUCCAGGUGAAAAAAACACUGAAUAUCAUCCAUCUGUUCAUGCUGAAGCCUGGAACUGGAUUGUUUCUGCGUUUACAGGUGGAGUCCGUCAGCUGGACUGCUUUGGGCAUUCCAGUAAAAUAAAUGAGAAAAACUGCACGUGGGAAUCCGGACGACGCGCAUCGGGAAACACUUACACACUCGUCGUACAACAGCAGAGCACGAAAAUCCUGCAGCAAAGAUACUGCCAUCAACUUCGCAAUAUCACCAGAUUACAUCAAAGCAUUCCAAUCUAUCGGGGUUUGAACAUGACAGUGGAGAUUUUUGAAAACCCAAACACAGCCGAUUGCACAAAAGCAGUUUUCAGAGGUUCACCUGACAGCCUGUUGCGCUGUGGGCCUCCUGACAAGGUUUCCUUCCGUCGCAUCGCUGGAAAACUCGACGUGAACGUGAGCUGGCAACCGAGAGACAAAAAGUUCAUCAAAAAUUUCACAGCAAGAUAUAAACAGCCUGCUGAUCCCGGUUGGACUGAGUCACAUCUAAACUAUCACCACGGAAGCAGACUCAGAGAAAGUUUCAACUCGUCGUUGGUCUACGUCAUGCAGAUACGAUGCGUCACCAAUGAUAAAUGCGUCCAGUGUCCGUGGAGUGAAGAGUUCCCUGUCCCGUCGGAACUCACAACCCAACCCGUCAUCAACAGCUUCAAAGACACAGACAUCGCCGACAAACCAGGACGCAGACUGAUCUUCCUCACCUGGAAGUUUCCUGCUGAGGAGCUGUGUGACGUCUACGUUGUGACUGUCUGGAAGGCCUCAGGAGAGGCACCACUUCAGCGGAUUAAAAUCCUCCAGCCUGAGAUCACGCUGAUUCUCUCCUAUUCAGCUUAUCAGCUCAACAUCAGCGCAGUAAACAACGCCAGUGUCUCUCCCCCUGUGAGCCACGUUAUUCCACAACGGGAUUACUUUAACGGUACGAGCUCAUGUGAAGACUGGGAGGUGAAUGUCACAGUUCACAGCAACACCUCUUUUACCGUCUACUGGAGAGAAGAGAUCGUUAAAAAGUAUGUUUGCUACAUGGUGGAGUGGAGCAAAAAGGGCCAUCCUGUUCAGUACCGGUCCUUUUAUGAGAAGACUGAAAACCACAAGAACUUUUCUUCUUUAACAGAACAACUGGAGCCUUACAAGAAAUACAGCCUCACCCUUCACCUGCGGCCAGACAAGGACACCUGCAACAUGAAGGCCAUCAACGACAGCGAGAGCACCUACGGCACCACGCACUUUUACUUCCUCCAAGGAUCUCCAGUGGGCGCGCCGGCUGACAUCAGCUUUCAUAACAAGACGGUUAAAUCAGUGGUGGUGCAGUGGUCGUCCAUCCCAGAAGAGCAGAUCAGAGGGUUCCUGCUGGGUUACACGAUCCACUACUCCGAGCAUCACCAGAAGGGGAUGAGAACAGAGAACAGUAUGAAACCAAAUCAAUUUUCAUCUGACAAAAUCAAGCAAGUGAUGUUUGUGGAGGUUUUAGUGCUUCUGCGAAUAUCUUCUCAAAUGUAAUCUGAAUUCUGAAUGGGAAAAGUUACUAUGAGCUGGACAAAGUCAGGUGUGUUGAAUCCAAACAUGUUGGUUUGGGGUUCUCGAGGACCAGGAUUGGACGGCAGCCUUGUAAAGCCUUGCCUGAUGGGAUGUGUUGAACACACACAUCACAACUGUAAGAAGUCGCAAAAUCUGCAGCAACGUGUUCAUCCUUUCUUCACAGACAUCACAGUGGCUCCGUGGAUUAACAGGCAUGAACUAGGGAACCUCAGAAGUGGAAGAACGUAUCAGGUCCAGAUUUCUGCUUUCACCUCUGCAGGAGCAGGAGUACGGAGUGCUGAAAGUGUCUUUAAAACAAAUCCCAACGGACAUUUUUAUCAGACUGGAUUAAUCAUAGCCCUCUCCGUUGUUGCAACCGUGCUGAUAUUUGGGACUCCAUUACUAAAGAGGGCUAAAGUCAUCUUGUGGCCCAGCAUGCCCAACCUUGGAAACAGCAUUGCAGUGCAGAAAAUAGACGGGCACGGUCAGCUGGAACUCUUAGAAGCUUGUGCAACUCUAAUAGUGGAAGAGUUGGACACCAAAAGUCUUCACAUACUUGAAAGGGAAGACGUCAGUCUUGCUGGAACUUUACCAAUGAUGCUGCCACUUCUCAAGACUGAAGAGGACGUCCAGGAAUCCCCAGAAAUAGCUUGCAACUGGAUCCAGACGGACACAGAGAGCGCAGCUGGAGAUAACCUACCCGAGGAUACGGCAGAAGCAUUAUUGGACACACACCGGACACAAGUCCAUGGGUUACCUUUGGACUUUGCAAGUGAUUAUACAACAAUGGAGAUGUUCCAGCAGCUAAUGCCCCAGGAUGGGGUGGCAAAUUCAACGGUCACUGUAGCCAUCGAGGACAAGCCAGAGGACUCGACUGCGCUGAAGUCUAUGAGGCGUGACUAUGUAAGACAGUUCAGCACUAGUCCACCAUCAGACAGUGAACACAUGGUUACUGUUUUAUGACAAAGAUGGACUGGUGAGGACAACCCUCCAGAAUCACUACGUAAGGGACUCGGUCAGAGAAUGAAGCGGUCCAGGUAUGGAGAGCAAACCAAGCAGGUUUUGUAUGAGGCUCUGUAUUCAAUCACUCAUUAGAGCAGAAUAUGAAAUCACUAGAUGACUUCAUAGGGAAAUCCAAUAAUCAUUCACAUCAUUUUGUUUUUGAGACGUGACAAUGAAGAAAACAUCCUGUUUGACCAUAUUUGGCAGUUUCCCCACAAUGAUAUCCUUGAUUCAAGCAGAAUUUUUCUUAUCUGUGUCUUUGGUUUCCCCAACAGCCCUCGCCCAAGAACACUUGGGCAGCUACUCGCAUCCUGUGGGUGACAAAAUACCUAAAUACAUGAAUGAAAGUUUUCUUUCUUGAGCGGCCCGGUAUGCACAGGAAACGUGUUCAUUUGAGUUAGGGCACCUUUUAAGCCAAGGCUUAAAAAAGGACUGAAAAUGGCUGAAAAAUAAGCCAAAACCCAAAGAAAACUUUGGAAAGGAAUUAUGGUUUAGUUUAGUUUAAGUCGGGCAGAAGUUAGGAAGACCAAAAGGUCUUAUAAAGACAACAUCAUGACACCGGUGAAACUCCAAAAAUUAUUGUGUAAAAGUUCUUUGAGAAACAAUAUUGUAAAAAGGUUAAAUAUUCUUAACUCGAGAUGCAUUUCACACUCUCAUUAGCAAAUUAAACUAUUUAGCAUGCUAACUAAUAUAGCUAGCCCAGCUUGGGCUUCACUUCCUGUUCAGCUGCUCCAAGCUGUGAUGGUAGGAUUCGUGCUGGAGGGGGUAAGAGACGGUCAAAGGGCAGUUGGAUGGAUGGAUCAUGAUUCAAGGGUUCACAACAAUUGGAAGAGGGUUUUCCAGGAUUAUACAAUAAAAUCACAAUGUGCGUUUUCCCUGGCGUUAGGGGGAUGUACCUACCUGGAUUAUUGCAAGCAAGCGCUAUUUUUGUUUUUGAGUAAGACCUUACCAACGGAUGGCCAUUAAGGUCAAAAGUCCUUGUGAGUGCAACCUCCAGCAAAAUCCCUUUCACCACUGGCAACAAGUGAAGAGGUAAAUGUGUAAAACAAUGUUUAUGAAUGGCAAAGUUUAGUAACCGCUUGUUACAAAUCAGUAAAUGCAUUUUGUCCUCACGGGCUCCCGUAAAGGAAAACAUGACUUACUCUACGUCUUAAAGAGCAAGUCACCCCCUACCAGAGUAUUACUCCACUCCCACUUCCUGUUUGAAAAAUGCACCAAAUGCUGUUGUCUAGCAGACCGAGAGGGCAGAGCCGCUAACACACACACACACACACACACACACACACACACACACACACACACAGGCUCACAAUGACAUUGUGACAUCAUAUGGUACCAGUUAACGUUCUAGGGUACCUCUUAGCCAGUAGCGAUGGCAGAUUUAAAUUCAACUGCAGUUUAGUUUUUACCUGACAAUGGCACAACACUGACAGUUUUAGGCAGAAGAUUCCAAUUUUAACUAAAAUGCACUAAAGUGCAAAACUACUGACUACACGUGUCUGCAGCACAAUUAUACACACAUUUAUAUAGUUUAUCAGAAAAAAAGUUGAUUUGGGGGUGACUUGCUCUUUAACCAGAGACUUGGACCUGCUCCCAUGUAUCUUAGACCCAUUUUUUGUGGUCAUAUGUUACAAAGCAGCAAAUACUUUUCAGCAACUGAGCAUCAUUUCAUUCAUUUUCAACAUUUUGAUGGAUAUCUCCAGAGAUUAUUGGUAAAAAUUACACCUUGUCUAUUUUAGUUGAUUAAAGGUUUUCAGUUUUUUACCAAACCAUUUCAUUUAUUGCUUGCCAUCAGUAUGUAAGUAAGUAAAGUAAAAGAAGAAGAGCAUUUCAGGCAAUAUGGCAAAAAAAUGCUCCAUCUCUGACCCCACCUUUAACUGCUUAACCAUAACAGGCACCGCUCACCAGCUGGCUACAGAAGCCCCAAUAAACACAAAAAUUUGGACCACUGUAUUAUUUGAAAUGUUUCUAUAAGUGUUACUGAGAGAGGUCCUACCUCAAGUGGAGGAGUUUAAGUAUCUCGGGGUCUUGUUCACGAGUGAGGGUAGGAGGGAUCGGGAGAUCGACAGGCGGAUUGGUUCGGCGUCUGCAGUGAUGCGGACGCUGAGCCGAUCUGUCGUGGUGAAGAGGGAGCUGAGCCAGACAGCCAGGCUCUCCAUUUACCGGUCGAUCUAUGUCCCAAUCCUCAACUAUGGUCAUGAGCUUUGGGUAAUGACCGAAAGAACGAGAUCGCGGAUACAAGCAGCCGAAAUGAGUUUCCUCUGUAGGGUGGCCGAGCUUAGCCUUAGAGAUAGGGUGAGGAGCUCGGACAUUCGGGAGGGACUCGGAGUAGAACCGCUGCUCCUCCGGAUCGAAAGGAGUCAGUUGAGGUGGUUUGGGCAUCUGGUCAGGAUGCCUCCUGGACGCCUCCCUGGGGAGGUGUUUCGGGCAUGUUCUGCCGGCAGGAGGCCCCCGGGUCGACCCAGGACACGUUGGACAGGUUACAUCUCCAAUCUGGUCCGGGAACGCCUUGGGGUCCUGCCGGAGGAGCUGGUGGAGGUGGCUGGGGAGAGGACGGUCUGGAGCUCCCUAGUUGGGAUGCUGACCCCGUGACCCGGAAAAGCGGAGGAAGACGAUUUUUUAACGAAGUGUUACGGACAAAUGAAUUGCCACAUUUGUUUAAAAUAAUGUGCUUUAUUACUCAGUUACUGAAGGAGGAAUAUGUAACUCAUUACUUUUGCUAUGCGUUACUACCAACAAUGCUCUUGGCUUCCCUGUAAAUAAGCAGUUGACUAUCAAUGAGGGGAAAUGUAUUUAUAAAACACAUCAGCUGAGAUCUGACGUCAGAAAAAAACUAUUUUAAGUAAAUAACCUCAGUUUCUACUUAAAAGGGUUUGAAAUAAACAGCCAGAAGAUAAACGUAGUUACUGAGUGAAAAGUUCCUUUAUUGAGAGCUUUUACAGACAGAUAUCAUUUAAAUUCUCAAUAUUCUGUACAUACAUCCAAAUAUUUUAAAAACGUCACCAAACCGUUACAAACUCGGUACCAAGCCUCCAGUUCCCUUGAUGCAGAACCAUCAAACAAAUUCACACACAUGAUGGAUUCUAGGACUACUUCGGUCAGUUCUGGCUGCAGUUAUAAUCAUCAGUUUGAUUAUUUAAAAAUACAAUAAAAGAAAAGAACAGCAGCCAUUAAAAUUGAAUCUGAAGAGGAAACAAAAAGUAAAAUGUAGCUUUUACUGAAUCUGUUCACCGUUUUGCACAUCUACACUCGUAAAAACAGCAAUGUUGGAAAUUACACAAAAAAACGGGAGAAAUUUCUUAAACACUUAAUUUAACUUUAUUUUACCAAAGAAAACUCCCAAUCCUUAAAAAGAAGAUCUCCGUUUCAUCUGUUCAACAUCCAUAUUUUAUUAGUUUCCUGUACAAUCCUAGUACAGGCACUUCCUGACCCUCUGUGCUUAUUUGACCUUUGAUCUUUUAGACAUGUACACACACACAAACACACACACACACACACACACACACACACACGUCGGCUAAAUGAGAAAAGCCUUCGUUAGAGCAGGUCUACAGCAACAACACAGGAUCUGUGGAACACCUCAGUUGCUGGUUGAUGUUGGAAAAUGUGUACAGAGAUAAAUAAAGGACACUUUCCAUGAGUCAAAAUGCCAAAAGUUCUCUCAAUAGCACACAAAAGUGUUUUCUUUUCUGCCAAAAAGGUUCACAAGAGGAUCACAGAGUAGGGCGAUAGUUUAGCUACACUUAGUUUGUCUGGUUAUUUCUGCAAACAGAUGUCUACUUCAUUACCAGUCUGUUUUAUAAAUGCCAGUGUCUGUAAACAUUCUUUAAUGAUCAUCCAAUCAGUUCUUUACGUAUGUCAAAUACUGCCAAGAACAGGAGUUACAUACGACUGGAUGCUUAAACGUUAGCUGGUGAUUCUGUUUAGAAAAGGGUUUUUCAGGUAGUUUCAUUUGAAACAUGAUAGUGAAGGCAUCAGUGUUCUGAUUAGUAGUAGACUGAUAUCAGUAGGCCCAAAUAUACCAUCUUUUAAUAUAUCAGCAUCUCCUUAGUAAAGCUGAUUUAAAGUCAGGCACGUCCCUGGGCAGCCUGGUUACACUGAUUUGAAUUUAAAUGAAUGGCCGUUUCUCAAUAUGUGUACUUGUCUGUACUUGUGUACUUGAUAAACAUCAUCAGCUUUAGCCCAAGUACUCUUCCAAUCCCAAGGACCAGAAUAUACUUGUUAAAUGACACGUACGCGUGUUUAAAAUGGCUGCCUUGCGUAACUUGAGCUGAUUUGAGACAUUGUUUGUGCACAUCUUCCGAAAUUAAUGCGUUUUUCUGUCGUUAUCUCAAAACUGACAGUUAGUGAGCUUUUAUUUUAGUUGUACCCACAAACCCGGCUCUCUCUGUUCGGUCUGAGUAGUCUAGAGCACCCCC